AUGGCAACGGCCUUCUCAUUUGCGCAGACCAUUCUCUUCUCCAAGACCUCACUCUCUAUCCGCACAAAUGGCCUAAGAACCUUCUCUUUUUGCCUACCUUUCUCUUCUUCAUCAGCUGCAUCUCUUUCGUCUGAUAAGCUUCAAAGCAAGAAAUGGAGACAGCCAGUGGCUUCAGUGCUGGAACUUGGUGGCGUCAAGAUUGCUAAAGAUGAUGUGUUGAGGGAUGACCCCACAAACAAUGUUCCGGAUACCAUUUUUGCAAAGCUUGGAAUGCAACUCCACAGAAGAGAUCAGCACCCAAUUGGGAUUUUGAAGAAUGCUAUAUAUGAGUAUUUCGACACCAAUUACUCAAAUCAGUUCGAUAAGUUUGAUAAUCUUUGUCCAAUUGUGUCUGUGAAAGAGAAUUUUGACGAUGUAUUGGUUCCUGCUGAUCAUGUUAGUCGAAGUUAUAAUGACACAUAUUAUGUGGACACUCAAACAGUUUUGAGGUGUCAUACAAGCGCUCAUCAAGCAGAACUACUGAGAAGAGGACAUACUCAUUUCCUUGUAACAGGAGAUGUUUACCGUAGGGAUUCCAUUGACUCAACUCAUUACCCUGUGUUCCAUCAGAUGGAAGGUGUGCGUGUCUUUUCUCCAUCUCAUUGGGAGGCAUCUGGCACAGAUGGCACAACUUAUGUUGCUGGGGAUUUAAAGAAAUGUCUUGAGGGUUUGGCACGCCACUUAUUUGGUGCUGUGGAGAUGCGCUGGGUUGAUACAUAUUUCCCAUUUACCAACCCAUCAUUUGAACUUGAGAUCUUUUUUCAGGAAAAGUGGUUGGAGGUUUUAGGUUGUGGGGUGACAGAACAAGAAAUAUUAAGGAGAAGUGGCAAAACAGACAAUGUUGCUUGGGCUUUUGGACUAGGGUUGGAACGGCUGGCAAUGGUUUUAUUUGACAUCCCUGAUAUUCGGCUUUUCUGGUCAAAUGAUGAGAGGUUCACCUCCCAGUUUUCAAGUGGCCAGCUGGGACUCAAAUUCAAGCCAUUUUCAAAGUAUCCUCCUUGUUACAAAGAUGUUAGUUUUUGGAUCAAUGAAGCUUUCACGGAAAACAAUUUAUGCGAAGUUGUUAGAGAAGUUGCUGGAGAUCUUGCUGAAGAGGUGCAAUUGAUAGACAAUUUCACAAACAAGAAAGGAAUGACCAGUCACUGUUACAGGAUUGCAUAUCGAUCAAUGGAACGCUCACUCACUGAUGAAGAAAUCAAUAAGUUGCAGUGGAAUGUAAGAGAGUUGGUGCAGAGCAAGUUGAACGUCGUGCUAAGAUGA